AGAAAGAAUCUCACUUUUUAUUCAGACCAGACGAAAAUUAAAUGACACUGCCAUUGUUAGGGAUGGGCCAGCUCACUGUCCAUCUCCCAUACUGAGCUCCUAAAAAAUAGAAAAUAGGUUCAGAGUGGCCCUGGAAGCUUUCCAUGCCUCGCCCCUUCUACUUCCCCUACUCGCUCCCUCUCCUUUCCUUUCAUUGUAUGUUCCCAUCAAUUUUCCGCUCAGGACGGCCGUUUCUUCCUAGAAUCGUCGCAGCUGCAGCGCCCUCAGAACUACAACUGCGUAGUCGCCUUCGGCGCUCCUUCCCUCUUUCCCUUUCCAUCCAUCUCACGUUGUUCGCCCUACCUAGACAAGCCGCCUCGUUACGAAAGUGACAGAUAACACCUUUUUUGAUCACGAAAUCGUCGACCCCUCAAACAUCCUCAAACAUCCCAAAUGACGCGAUGGCGAGCGCCGCGGGCUCCUCGACAAUAAUAGUGAAUGGCGACAGCGAAGAAGACCCGACAAACUUCACGGCCUCCGAACUUCCUUGGCCCGACAAUCCUGCCGACAACGACGGCGUCGACAGCAAUCCACCUAACACCGAACUAGCGCCAGCGAACGUCCCCCUCGCCAUUGCCACCGCCGGGUACAUACCCGACCCCGUCGUCUUUCUGCAGGCCCUCCACAGCAACCCGUCUCUUUUCACCGCGGCAGCAGACCAACUCCCGCACGGGCGAGCAAUCGAAAGCAACAUGGUGGGGCGCAGGACGAACGCACACUGGGAGGCCUUGAUGAGGCGCCGUCGCAUCCACAGGCCGUCCCCGAUCCCGACCGACAAGCUGCGGCAGUUCGCAUCGUGCGACCCGGGCCUCGACCCCAACUACAUGGUGCCCCUGAUAGACGCGCCGUUCCGCGUCAUGGAGCCGCUAGAACCCGUGGCGCCCGUUGGACAAGUAUCGUCAUACCGCCCCAGAUGGUACGUGAACGGCGGCUGGGGCCCGCACCGCGCACCGCCGCAGGGAGCUCUGACGACUGGCGACGCGGUGCUGGGGUCGGCCGAGGAUGACGCUGGAGAUGGCGAGAUAGUCGCGCGCGCUAUGACGCCGGCUGACUUUAUCGCGGCGGGCUUAUGCGGGGCGCAGCGCGCCGUCGGCACGGCGGCCUACCUCGCCGGGAAAGGCAACCAUUACGCACAGCGGUAUGGCUUGUACCACAGCGACAUCGACUACCGGGCAGGUGGCGCGGGCCGCACCGAGAUGCACUCGUACUGCCACACGAGCGACAUCACGGGCGCGUCGUGGCCCUUCCGCUUCGCCUCCUCCGAGUUCGUCUUCGCCGGCGCCGGCGACCCGCGUGCCUGUUUUCAGCGGCGCCGCAAGAACUUCUGGCGCGCGCAGCAGCGGCUCGAGCAGAGGCGGCUCGAGUCUCCCUUUCCCCAGUCAACGUUCAGCACGAAUCGUCAACAUGAGGAACUGCAGGGGUCGCCGCCUGUCGUUUUGGGAGCACGAGGCCGGUCUCGCGGCGCCUCCCGCGAGACCCGUGGCCGGUUUCUUAACCCCUCGGCGAUGUUGUGACGUCUCUUCGACCGGCGGUUGUUAAAGGGGGGGAUCGCUUUCCUACAUCCACAUUUCCUUUUAUUCGUUUUCAUAUUCCGGUCUGCUUUUUUUUCGUUCUUUUUGUACGCAACAAUAGAUAUACCUCAUGUAUGAGAGUUAAAAGUGGUUGGAAAUUGAUCCCCCUUAAAACUAAAAAGGUGGAUGGGGUUGCUAUGGGGAUGAUGAUUACGGGGAUGAGGGCAAUGGUUAUGGGGGAGGAUUAUGGGAACACAAACAGUCUCUACAGGACAGCGUGAAGUGAUAGUGUUUGGGGCGGGAGAAGCGUAGUGGCUACCUUCUGGGAAUCGUCUUGGUCAUCUAGGCAUAAUAACAACAACAGGAGUAGCGCAGUGCAAUGUUGAUGAGGGUAUAGGUAUGGGUAUCUCGUGCCUUUGUUUUUUUACACCUAGGGAGUACGGUAGUGGCGGAUUCAGAAGAGUCCUGGCCAUAACAUGAUGGCUGCGCGGCGGAAAGU